AUGGAUUCGACUAACACAACCGAAGAGACCAGUACCACCGGAGCUGAUCAAGAGCGACCAUCGUGCCAGGGCUGUCGGCGGCGCAAGUUGAAGUGCUCCAGGGAGUCUCCGACGUGCUCUCAGUGUAACCGAUUAGAUUCCCCAUGUGUUUACGACACCAAAAGGAGCAAGCCAGGAUUGAAAACUGGCGCGGUUGAGGGCUUGAGUCGCCGUAUCGAGGUACUCGAGGAUACGCUUCGAGAGGUCCAGGCACGAGAAAGUGGCUCUCUAGGCGGUGGAUAUCAAUCAUCGAGUCCCGAGAACGGUCGUUUAGAUGGGGUGGUGAACUUGCUCUCGACAGUCUGCCUGGAACUGUGCAAAUUCAACAGCCGAAACACCCGCAUAACAAAUGACUCAAGCUCGGAGCGGAUUUACCAGCCCUCACCAGGCUCCGAACGCGAUGGUUCAUCGGAUUCGCCGGCUAUGCAUCACCCCCGGAAGAGGCGAAGAGUUGAUACUUGCGGCAAUCCAAACAUCGAACUACAACUACCUUUGGAGGAUCUGGAGGCUACAUCAAGUCUGCCCGCACCGGACUUACUCGAAGAAAUCGUGGAUACAUACUUCGAGAGAGUCCAUCCUUGGAUCCCAAUUAUACACGAAACUCGUUUUCGACGGCGAAUGCAUAAUCCAGACCAAAGAGGAUCUUUGGUUGUCAUUCUUCACGCUAUAGUGGUAGCGGCUAUCCGGUUUACCAGUAAUAGUGCUGUAUCUCAAGUGGAAGCAGAGUCAAGGGCCAGGAGGUCGAGGAGUAUCGUUGUUUUGACAGCGAUGGAUAGCCUUUCGGUCGAGAACCUACAGGCUUUGAUCAUCAUUGCUUUCGACGAUAUCGGAAAUGGAAAUACCUCUCGAGCGUGGUCGAUUGUCGGAUCCUUGACGAGAACCGUGGAAUACCUGCGACUCAGUGUGGAAGACGAAGAUCAUGACACCCAAAGGCUACUCAAACCGUUACUUUCGCUGCCACCUUCUCGCAAGUGGGUAGAGGAAGAGGAGAGGAGACGAGUGUUCUGGAAUAUCUUUAAUUUAGACCGAUUCUGUUCGGUCGCAACGGGGUGGAACACGAGCCUUACUGCAGAUGAUGUCCAUCGAAGACUGCCCGCAGAUGGAGGGCUUUGGCAUCGGGAAGAGCAAGUGACGACCCCAUUCUUUGGAAUUUGGGAUCGAUCAGAAGCACGAAUCGGAAACUCGAUCGCAUUUCUACCGGCUCAGUAUUCGAGUAUCCCGAAGAGCCCCGAGUCACCAACCGAAUCUCCCGCACAAUAUGGAUCCCCACAAUUGGCAUCUCCUGGCACAACACAGCCAGACAUGUCAACCGUGGGGGCAUUCGCCUAUUGCGUAGAGGCAACGGAAUCCCUAAGUCGAGUCACGACAUUUUUUCUCCAGCAAAAAAUUAACUUCCAUGACCGACGUGAGGUUAGCAGUUGGCUUACCCGUUUCAAAGAGCUGGACCUCCGGCUUGUACACUGGAAGAUGUUUCUUCCUCAAAAAUGGAGGGAUUCGAACAUUUCACGCCAACCAACAUUGGUUAAUAUGGAUCCAAAUCUGACGCUUGCUCACGUUACUCAUAACACAUCAAUGAUUCUUUUACAUCAGCGUAUAGGAUAUCCACCUGCAGAGUGGGCGAAUAUUGUUCGACUUCCUAGCGUCUGCAGCGCUGAGACAUGCCAAAAUGCCGCGAUUGAGAUCCAGAACAUGACGGCCAAAUAUCUGGACAAUACUCCUAUAAUUCAUCCCGUGUCGAAUCAAUUCGUCUUCUGCGUAUUUGUCGCCGCCCGUGUUCUACUAGUUCACUGGCGUUACUAUAAUACCGAGCUUACCCAAGAACUCUGGUAUCUGGUUGAUAGCCUCGAGGAAAUGGCUAGGAGAUGGCGCGGAGCUACUUCACUGACUUCAUCCCAUAAUCGUUGCCUGGCUAGUACCUACGCAGAUCACCUCCGUGAUCUUCAUCGGCGCUGCUUAGCUGCUCCAAAUUUCAACGUCGAUGUACUGGGAUACUCGACUGUUAUUUCAAGCCACCAUGCCCCUUCUAGUGCUGGGUCUGUGGUAUCUCAUCUUUCUCCAUUAGCUCAGCAACAUCAGCAAUAUCAAGGAGAUUCACCUCAAAAUGCCCCUCGCCCAGGUUUUUCUCAAGAGAUUGAUACAGGGCUGUCCCGUUCUGCAACACACUGGCCUCACGCUGAUGACUUUGUCGUCCCUCAACAUGCAAAUGCUCAACUUGAUCAAGCCAUGAGGACUUACCCCGUCAACGGUCACAACCAGGCGGAUGAACUAUCGAAUAUCUCUUAUCUUCUCCUUGAUCAGCAAUUUAUGGAUAUGGAUCGCGUUAUUAGUUUGGAUGAUAUGAUGUUUACAAAUACCAUGGCGUCUGUGAAUGCAGGAGCGGGAGACUCCUUGUCAGGGGUUAAUGGCCAGGCGUAA